UCAUUCUUCUCCUCUCCUUUCUCCAAGCCUGUGCGUAAUGGUAGAGCGGAAGAUGAACUCUUUAGUGAAAUGGGCGCUCAUCCUUUUCGUCCUCAUCUCCAUCAUUCUGAACAUCGUCCUGAUCGGCCUCCACUCCAGCAGGUCGCCCAAAUGUUCCGCUCAGCGUGUUCACCCGCUGCGGGGCAAACACGACGAGCGCAGCCUCGUGUUCGCUGACCUCACCCUGGAAGAGUACUCGCAGGUCCAGCAGUACAUGCUCAAGCAGAAAGACCUGGACAUCUCCACCAAGCAGCUCAUCAAGCCAUCUGAAAACUACUUACUGUUAAUAGACCGGUCUCUGCCAAAGAAAGCUGACGUUUUGGCUUUCCUGGACGCGAAAGGUGCCAAACCAGUGAGAGAAGCGACGGUGGUGGUCCUCCACGGUGCCAAAGGUUACAUCAACGAGUAUGUAGUGGGGCCUCUUCCCAACCCGACAUACUACAGAGAUGUCACCAAAGAGAGGUACAACAUGGAUCUGCCCAUCAGUUCGCGUUUGAUCACCGUCGCGGAAUAUGACGUGGUGGAUAGGUUUCUGGAGGCCGAGGUUUUCUCCAAACUGAAGAAAAUCAUGAAAGAGAGCUUCGAUGUGGAUCAAGAAGAAAUACUGCACGCCUACGAGCAGAUGCCCCGGGGAUUCGAAGCCGGAGACAGAAAAGGUUGGAUCUCUUUCUUCAGGGAUUUGCAUGGCAUGUACACCCACCCGGUGGGCUUCGAGGUGCUGCUGAACCACAAGGGUCUCAACGCGUCCCAGUGGAGAGUGGAAAAACUGAUGUAUAACGGCAAAUACUUCAACACUGUAGAAGAACUGAAGGACGCAUAUGAUAAGGGGACUGUAAAGAAAAUAGUUUACAAGGAGACACCUGAUUAUGGCUCUCUGAGACCCAGGAACAAGCCUCUGCAGAUCGGCCCGCAGCAGUUUUACGCAGAGGGGAAGCGCUGGAGCAUCCAGAACAACCACGUCCUCUACCUGGACUGGAGCUUCGCCUUCGGGCUGAGCUCCGUCACGGGCAUGAGGGUGUUUGAUGUGCGCUUCAGGGGGGAGAGGAUCGUCUACGAGCUGAGCGUGCAGGAGGCCAUGUCCGUGUACGGUUCAGUGACACCGGGGAUGAUUCUCACCAAGUUUCUGGACUCCAGCUUCGGGAUUGGGAGCGUCGCGCACGAACUUACUCGUGGCGUGGAUUGCCCCUACGAGGCCACAUACGUGGACACGUACCGCUACAAUGAUGCCCCAGCCCCCGUCAGGUUCAGGAAUUCAAUCUGUAUCUUUGAGCACAACAUGGGUCAGCCCCUGAGGAGACACUUCGCGGACGUUAUCCAGCACAGCUACGGAGGGAUGGCGAACAGCGCGUUGGUGUUCAGGACGGCCACAGCUAUUCUGAAUUAUGACUAUAUUUGGGAUUUCAUCUUCUACCAGACCGGAUCAGUGGAGGCCAAAGUGCACGCCACAGGCUACAUCGCCUCUUCCUACCUGGUGGAUGGUAGCAUGAAACACGGACACCAGGUAGCAGAGAAUGUCCUGGGAAACAUCCACACUCACUUCAUGAACUUCAAGGUGGACCUGGAUGUGGCUGGUGUGAAGAACAUGUUCCUGACCAAAGACAUGGAGUACGUUAAUGUGUCGUUGCCAUGGAUGCCUGAUCGCUUCGCUAUGGUGCCUCAGCUGGUGGAGAAGCAGGUCAAAACAGAAAAGGAAGCCGCCCUGCGUCACGGCACCAAGACGCCUCGCUACCUCCACAUCGCCAGCAACACAAACAACCGCUGGGGACACAAUCGCUCCUACAGGCUGCAGGUUUACAGCUUCGCAGGAGAUCACCUCCCAGAGAGUGAGCCUGAGGAGAGGUCCAUGUCCUGGGCCAGGUAUAAGGUUGCCAUCACCAAGCAGAAGGACUUAGAGCGGACCAGCAGCAGUCUGUACAAUCAGAACGGCAUGUGGACUCCAGCUGUGGACUUCAGCAAGUACGUUGAAGACAACGAAAACAUUGAAAACGAGGACCUGGUUGCCUGGGUGACCGCCGGUUUCCUCCACAUCCCUCACGCCGAGGACAUCCCCAACACGGUAACCGUUGGCAACGGGGGCGGGGUCCUGCUGCGGCCCCACAACUACUUCAAUGAGGACCCCUCCAUCCACUCUGCUGACAGCGUGUUCUUCAGCCCGGGUGCUGAGAACAGCUGCGACAACAACAGGAUGGCCUGCCUUGCUCAAGAGACCUGCAGCCCCGUCCUGGAGCCCUUCACCUUCCAUGGCUUCGAGAGAGUCUAGAAGACCGCCUCUGAUUUAUUCUCCACUGCUGGAAACAGCUUGUGGAGCCGUGAAGAACUCAGAGGUGUGCUUAGGCUUAUUUACCAAUCUAUGAAGAUGCUUGUGUCACUGUGUUCUAGAGGCAGGUUGGGAUGGCACAUGAGUUGAAAUCUGCACUAGGAGACAAUUUGCUUUACAGUCAGGUCUGUAAAUAUCUGGACAUUGAUAGAAUCUUCAGUAUUCUGGCUCUGUACACCACCACAAUGGUUUGAAAUGAAACAAUCAAGUUUAUGCAGCCUGAAAGUGAUUUGCUUUGAUGCCACCAAUAGCUUUUUCUUUAGCAUGAAGUCAGAAUGUAUUCAGAUGUUUACUUUGUCUCUGGUUUUCUUGUUGAUGAAGCGCUGUGAUGGAACCAGUACAACCAGACACUGUACACUCAGCUGUUUGGAAAUGAGUGCACUGACAAACAUGAACAUUCAGUCCAAAGUUGUUGAUGUGGUUCCAGGCCGAGACUACUGAACAUCCCACUGAUGUUUGAUUCUUUUUCUAUAAUUUUUCUGCAGUGCAACAUUGUGAGAAAUGUUUCUGUUGCUAUUUUCUCUCUUCGUACGGUUAUCCCAAUAGCAGAACUGAAACCAGGCCUGCAGGGGUAGGGUAAACCACUCCCAUCUACAUCCUUCUUAGAAACAGACUCAGAGAAUGGAUACGGGUGCAUGUAAGGAGAAUUUUUUAAAAGACACACAGUCACUGAAAUCAAAGCAGAGUUUCUUUAAUUCUUGCAGCGACGAGACAAGCCUCUCACAGAGGUACAGGGUUGUCUGCAUAUUAGAUUCUAAAGAACAUAUUUUUAUACAAGUUACAGUUGGAAACUUUGCCAUGACUGCUCUCUACUUCUGCUCCGUCCUGCUCAGAGUGUGAUCACCUCCUGACUGCCUGAUAACAGGAAGUCAGACUCAGCAGCUUUUUCAGCAAAUUCAGCUCCUCCUUCCACAUUUUUCUCACACUUCCCUCCUGUUUAUACUGAUAAGCUCUUUUUAAAACAAUAUAGUCACACAAGUAAAUUCCCAUGGGUGUAGGAACUUAGUCAAAAUAUUAGUCAAUCAUCUCAGUAAUUUGGAAAAGCAAAUGUUUUAAAUCAAAAUUAGCUCUGGAUAAAAAAGAUAGAUAGAUUCUGUAUUAAUCCCGAGGGAAAAUCAAGGACAAAUGUAUGUGUAAUUUGCUGUUCACUUGACCCACACUUCUGUUUUCUGAAAAAUCGUCAUUUAACAGUUCAAAAGAUUUUUAUUAAGAGUCAUUUCAGAAUUCACUCAGUCACAUGAUUCGCAGUGUAUCUUCAUUAUCAUCACUCUGGGUCUCUUGGUGCAAAGUCUUAGUCAGGGCAGCGUCUAGAAGUCUUUCUAUCAUUCCUCAAAAGCAGGGAUGCAACAACAUCCGCAGGUCAUGAGUAGAUGAUAAGAUAAUCCUGAAUUUCUCCCCACGCCAGGGGAAAAUUCACAUCGUUACAGCAGCUUAUGUAUCGAUAAACAUAGUAAUAGUAAUAAUAAUUAAAGCUGCAAGCAGCGUUGGACGGGUCCUCGCAUCCUUGCUGGUCGGCGAAUCCAAGCAUGUCCACCAGGUGGCGCUGCGACUGAGAGCGUAUGUCAGCCAAUGGAUAGGAUGAGGGUUGGACUCUGAUCACACAAAUUUCAGGCAGAUUGGAGCAUGUACAGGCUAGUCUAGAGCAUUACCUUUCCAUCCACCAGGUGGCGCUGUGACCGAGAGUGUAUAUUGGUCUAUGGAUGUCAUCAGGGCAGAAGUCUGAUCAUACAUGUCAAGUUUGGGGCAGAUUGGAGCAUGUAGAGGACAGAUACACAGCAUUUCCUGGGUCAUGACGAAUUGUCAAAAUCCAGAGGCCGCCAUUUUCACACCCUCAGACUUUUGCAGAGCAUUUUGGGGUAUGUUUAGGCCGUCAAAUUGGAGUUUCAAAAGACAGGAAAAGAGUGAAGAAGAAGAAGAAACCCAUGGGUUUCAAUAGGGUCUUCGCACCGUCUGUGCUCGAACCCUAAGGUGUUAGUGAUGCUGGAGGUGUCUGCUGAAGAAGAGCGACAUCGACGUCUCCAUGAUGCCCAGAGUGGUGGCUGCCUGCUGCAUCCUGCACAGCGUUUGUGAGCAGCGAGCGGACGGAUUCCUGCCUCAGUAGAGCGUCAAGAUGAAUCCUUCUAGAAAUUACCUGGUCCAGCCGGAGACGGAGAAGUAUGAAGGAGACGCCUGCUGCACUGCAGAGGUGAUCAGAUACGCCAUCACCUACGACCUGCUCAAUGUACUGCAGUACUGAAGGAACCAAGACAUUUUAACGGAUGGUGGUUACCAGACAAAAGACUUUCUGUUUUAUGCUACGUUCUACUCCUCGUUUCUACUCCAUGAUGGUGUUUUUGGCAUGUUGAGGACCACUAAGAGCAGGCAGUAUAUCCAGUUCUCUCCUGUCUCAUCCGUGGUUUUCCUUAGUUUGUUUUUUCAGGAUGCCAUUGCGUUUCUCUAACCCUGAGACUGUUGGUGAGCACAGCGAUUCUUCAGCUCUAUUCUGGGCUAUCAGUGAUAUUACAUUGUUUACAAAAUGGUAGAAUUUCUUUGCACAUUUUUAUACAAGUUAUCCAACAGUUGGGAACUUUGUCGUGACUGCUCUCCUUUCCUGCUCCGUCCUGCUCAGAGCAUGAUCACCUCCUGACCUCCUGGUUACAGGAAGUCAGACUCAGCAGCUUUUAGAGCAACUUCAGCUUCUUAUUAUCACUAUAACAAAACACAUUUUGCAAACAUGCGUGUAAGGUUCCGCAGUUGUGUGAGUGAACUGAAUCCCACCAAUAGAAAAGAGAACUGUUUUUAUGAGACUCAAACCUUAAAUGACUUUUCAGUCAAUCCUGGCUAUAGAUUUUAGGGAAAAGGAAAAAGACAAGAAGCGUCAUCUUUCAUUUGGGAAAAAACAAUACACUGAUGCUUUAAUUACAACUGAAAUGUAUUUAUAAGCAGACUGCUGCUUUAUUCAAAAUACUAAAGGACUUUUACAUGCCUUUUCUCUCCUCCACACUCAGUAUCUGGAAAGUUCCCAGAUACUCGCCAUAAAUCUGUUUGAACUGCUGAAAGUGGUCCAACUAAAUCAGUCUUGUUAGAACAUGUCUGAAAGUUUACACCAUGUUCCAAAAGUUGGUUCUCCCCACUGGACAACAUGUUUGAUUGUUACCAAAAUGGGUUCCACCUGGUCAAUCAGGUCCUGUUUGGUUGUUUGUCUGGUCAAACUGUAAGUGGAGGAGCAGAUUUGAAAAUGCUCUUUAAUUAUUUUGGUGUCAGCUGGUUUCACUCCUUAUUGGUUAAUUGUCGAUUUUACCUAUAUAAGGUAGGAACCUUUGUGUCUAGGUAGGGUUUCCAGCCGGAAGGAGAUCAGCCAGUUUUUGACCACUAAACGCUGUACGCCGAACGCUGAAUGGCAACUUGUGGAUGUGAAUUUGUGCCGUUUGGAGAUUUCUGGGAAACCAAUAAAGACACUGUGUGCAAGGCAAGUUAAAACAAGUUGGACUUUCAUUCAUUGGUAGUUAUUAAGCCCGUCAAUUAAGUUUUUAUGAUUCCCGGUUGGAUGCUCUCAGUGGCUUAAAGCAUCAGCUUAGCCCCUUUAAUAGUCAGGUCCCAGGAGAUAAAUUUCUUACUUGACCAAAAUGCAUUACAUCAAAACCAAAUUUUGUUACCAAGGCCAAGAGAAAGGGUGGGAAGAGUCUCAGAGUCUGAGAUUCAUGCUCAGGCCAUUGCUCAUCGAAAUGCAGGAAAAACUCAGCAGGACGCUGAAGCCCUUGACAGGUGUCCGCUGGGUUCAGAAGUGGUGGCAAAGGGUCAACCAAGGAGGAUCCUUCAAAGACUGAGCCAAGGAUCUGAUGAGAAAGGCCGAGGGUAAAAGACACCAGUCAUGCUGGUGACUCAGUCAGAGGCUGAAAAAUCUUGGAGAAGAUGUUUCUAAGAGCUCUGUGCAUUGUUAUUUAACAGAAACAUUGAGACUGAAAGCUUACAAGAGGCAACGUACCCCACGACUCACCAAACUGCAGAAGGAGAAGAGACUGACUUUUGUAAAGAAGUCCAUAACUCUGACUCCAAAAGACUGGAGAACUGGAUUUUCUCUGAUGAGCGCCCUCUCUACUCUCUCUGACACCCAACAGCCAAAACCACCAUGUCUAUACAGGUGAUUGUGAAAAAGUAUCAUCUUCUGAGCAGUGAAACUCAGUGCCAUCGUAUGGCUUAGGUGGAACUGCAAGUGGAAACUCUAUUUCAAGAUUAUUGGUUAAAUGUAGAGUGAGUGAUUCUAAUCCAACACACUAUUUGCCAAAUUGAGUGAAUAUGUCCUCCUCAAGAAGGUACACUAAGGGUGGUAUAGUAUAGUGUAUGCUUACAGUAUAUUGGCUUGUGUAAAAUUAAUAAAGGGAAAUAUUGACUGAUUAGGAUGCAUGGACCCUUAGUGCAUUGGGUCCCUUGAAAAACUUUGAUUUGAGCAGCUUUUGAGCAGUUUUUGGCUGUUUGGCACCUGACAGGCUCAGUAGUAUCGCUACUGUAAAUCUUACAUGAUCUUGAAAACAGCUGCCCAAAAACUACUGGAUAAUUUUACUAAAGUAGAGCUUUUUAAACUCCUGUAAACUUCAGAUUCACAGACAAAAAACAAAACCUUUCCAUAAAAUGCCAACAAUUACCCAAACUCCUCUUUAAAGGUGCCUUCAGUGACCUGAACACCCUGAGGAUGGCGUGCAUGUUUUGCACAGAGCAGCGCUUAAGCUCACUUAAAAGCGGUAGACUGUAAAAUGGCAGUAAAAUGACCCCCACACCAGCAUCAGCAAAAACAGAUUUACACAGCCAAGUCUAGAGGAGACAUUCCUGUUGCAGCUUCAGAACAUCUGGAACUCGUCAACGAGGCCUGAGCCGAGCCAGGAGGGUUGUUUCGUAAAAUCCACAUUCACAUGGCGAGUUCUCAAGAUGAGUCGCAGAACAAUUCUUCAGGAACACAGAGCUGCAGAUGGUUCAUGACAAUCGAUGAACAGGCUUUUUGGCAAUCUGAAUCAUUAUGUAAAAGCACAGGGGACUGGAAACCAAAUGCAAAACCUAAUCAUUGUUUCAGCCGCAGAUGUGAGAUAUCAUCACCUUAAAGGCCCAAAAUCAAGCUUUCAUUUGGCUACUUUUAACAAAACACUUAUUUUUUUCAGACCAAGCUGCAGAGACGUAACAAGCCAAAGCAUACAGGGGGAGACAGAUUGCAUUCAGCCAAGAAUUCUGCAGGAGCGCCAAUUUACUAAUUAGAAAACAAUUCCUUUUGUUUCCAGCAACAGUUUCAGUGAGGUUACAGUCUCUCCUGGGUGUGGGGAUGACAUUUUGCCAUGUGUUCCUGGAAGAAUUUGAGUUUCUGCAACCUGUGACAAAAUUUAUUUGUGUGUGUGAUUGGCUGCAGACACUUUUCCAAGCUGCUGAUAGCAUUUAGUAGGAAAACAAACAGUAUGAGCACACAGCGGUGCUAAGACUUCCUUUACUCGACAGCUUCCUGCCAGAUAGGAAACAGAGCAUUUAGAAGCCAACCAUGUGCAAAGGGAGCUAAACAAGAGCAACAACAAACACACAACUUAGCUUCAGUCUGUGAAGGAUAGCCCCACAUGAAGCUGCUUCAUUUCUUACAAUUAAAUAUACCUACACCUGAAACUACAAAACUACAGGUGAUUUCACAGCUUGGCUUGGGAUGAGGAAUCUUUUGUAAAAGAUCGUGUUCAUAUUCACUCAAGUUCACUCAAAGCUGAGGAGACAAAUCCAAGUCAGAGUCGAGUUCCUAUGAAACAACGGCCUGUUGUGAGUUUAUUUGACCAGUGCAAUUAAUUUGCUGUAUUUUUUGUUGCUCAUAGUCUUAGUUCUGAUCUUUUGUUUGUCUUUUUUUGGGAUGAAAUAAAAACCUUGUUUUUGAAUUCA